GCCCUCUACAGGAUUCAUGGGCCCAAAUACGGCCCAUGUCAUGCUUUGCGUUGGAAUUACAUUACUGCCAUCUGCUCUGCUCUGCUCUGCUCCGCUCCACCACCACGAUGGCCGCCGCCGCCGCCACCGCUAGGUCGCUGCUCCGCGCGUCCGCUUCCCUUCUCCGCGCGGCCCCGGCGAGGUCCGCCUCGUCGUCUGCGACGCGGACGCCUCUUAGGCGUGCGUUGGCUGCACCCCCUCGCCUCCUUAGGUCGCCCGUCGAGGCGAGCUUCUGCGUCGAGUCUUUGCUGCCGCUGCACAGCGCCACCGCCGCUGCGCGGAUGACGUCCAUGCUCGCCGUCCCCGGCCGAGGCCUCGGCUGGCUCACGGAAGGAUCAGAUGAAACUAUUUGACGAGCAACCGAGGAAAGCUGAAACUGAUGGAGUAUGAUGCUGGCACCAUAGGAACCAGGAGAUCGUUGGUGUUUCAGAGUUCUUUUGUGGUCCUGCAGAAUGAGUUGACAAAAAAGGAAGCAUGGUUUCCAUUGUCUAAUAUGUGAACUAUGAUGAUGACUUAAUAAACAGUUUUGGAUGUGGCUCAGCCUUUUUGGCCUUCCCAUUGACUAAAAUCUUUAUGUAAUGAUCUGGUGACCGAAAUUCUUGCAAGGUGCAAGACGUGUUAUUUUAUCGUCAGUCCUUCGGAACA